AUGGAAGUGCCAAUCGCAGCGUGGGUGAGGCGCAACAGCGUCCGCAGAACAUUUCGCCCGUAUAUUGACGCCUUCGAGGCAACAGAUGAGGAGUUUAUGCGAAUGUAUAGACUUACGAAGCCAGUGGUUCGCUGGCUAUGCGACCAGCUACGGUCCACCCUCCGUGCAAAACGAAGGACUCGGACGGCGCUGUCCGUGGAGAGACAGAUUCUCAUCGCCCUGCGGUUCUACGCCACAGGCAGUUUUCAAGUGGCGGUAGCUAGCGACCGGCACAUGGCAGUCACGCAGAGCACCAUCAGCAAGGCGCUGUUCAAGGUGACGAAUGCCGUUUUGCUACAGCUGGCGCCCCUGUGGAUACGAUUCCCGACCGAACCCGACGAGAUCCGUGAGGUCAUGCGGGCAUUCAAGACCAAAUGGAGAUUGCCCGGCUUGAUUGGCUGCGUCGACGGAUCGGUCAUUGGUAUCCUGGCCCCAUCUGAGAGGAGCGGGCAGUACCAGAAGAGUGCUUUCUUCUGCCGGAAGCAGUACUUCGCAAUCAAUGCCAUGAUCGUGUGUGACGCGUCGAUGCGGAUCACGUCGAUGGAUUGCUCGUUUUCCGGCGGAGCACACGAUGCCUACGUGUGGAGGCACAGUGAGCUGAAAUGCGAGCUCUCCCGGAGGCACUCGGACGAACCCCGCUUCCUCCUAGGUGACAGUGGCUAUCCACUGCAACCGUGGUUGCUGACGCCGUUGCCUGGAGACCCUCCCCCCAACACACCGGAGGCCCGAUACAACAGACGCCACAAAGCGGCGCGCGGCAUAGUGGAGAAAUGUAUCGGACUGCUGAAGUCAAGGUUUCGCUGCCUGCAGCGAUACAGGACUCUCCACUACAUUCCGCACAGGGCCUCAAAUAUUGUUGUGGCAUGCACCGUGCUCCACAACAUAUGCAUGCACGCACGGGCACCACCUACCGAGGACGCAGGGGAGGGUGACGACGACGACGGCGGUGAAGAUACCCCGGCUGCGACGAGCAGCCCUAACGCGGAUGCUCCCCCGGACAGGGAGAUCUACGACAUCGGGGCAGCUGUUCGUGCAAGAGUGAUUGAGCAGCUGUCGCGACAUUAA